GGGAGAUGGUGGAGGGCAGUGGAGGAAGGAGAGGAAGAAGGAGCUGGGCACAGGCCUGCUCUCUCAGGGCACCUGGACACCAGUUGUGUGGACCCAGAAAGGACCUCUGGCCUGAGGACGGCAGCCACAGGCCUGUCUCCAGGCCUGCCCUGAGCUGAGUGCGUCCUCUGUCUUCAAAGACCUCAGAACAUGGCCACGGACCCCCACGCUUACCACAGGGCCUUGGAUCUGCCUCUCCUGAGCAGCCACCGAGCACAAGGCCCUCACCAGCAGAGCGUCCCAGAUCUUGAGAGACCAUUCAAAAAAGCCAAAGGAAAGAAAAGCAGAGACAAUCGCGCCCAAAUUGAGGACACAGGGAAGGCAGCGCAGCAGAUCUUGCCGGAACAGGCACAGCCCGAAGCCCCUCCAGCAUUCCCGCCCAAGGCCUCAACCCGGUUCCCUCCAAGGUCCAACACCUACCUGAUUACAGGGUUGCAAAAUGAGCUGAGCAAAAGUGGGAUUCUGAAGAACAUGAGUGACCAUGAGGAUUUCUGGAAGCUGGUUCAGGAGGAAGCUCUUGGCGUGGGAAUUAAAGAAAAACUCCAGAAGAUAAGAUUUAAGUUGAUGAACCCCAGGCCCUGGCCACCAGAUGCAGAAACCAGGAGGCUAGCCAGCACUGAUCAAGACCGUGGGGGCCGCCAGGGGGCUCAGAGCCUUCUCUCUCGACUUACGGAAUGGAGGAAACGGUGCCAACAGCGUGCAGUGGCUCCGAGACUGCCCCAUGAACAGGGGGAGAGCAAGAUUGUGUCUAAGACAAGGACAGAUUCCCAGAGCAAGAGAUAUCUCAGUCAGUUGGAUCAAAUGCAUUCCGCCUCCCUGGCUAACAUGGAAUUUUCCAGAAGACUGCUGGAGAGAGACAGCCGCUUUGCAGACCUGCUCGCUGAGCACAGAGCUAGAAGCCUGCUGGAUUACAUGGUCCCACGCAGGCACACGCAGGCAGAUGCUCCACCCAGAGAAAUGGGGGUGGAGGACCCCCCGGUCCCUGGCCAGCAACUUCAAGCACCACCUGCCCUCCGAUUCCUCAAGUCCCACAGCCCAGAAAGUCUGCAGAGAAGUUCCCACUUGAAGACAGGAAGACAGCAAGUGACCCUGUGUGGCAUGAGCAAGCUUUCAGAUCAUGUGAGGGGCAAGCUUGCUCCUGCCGGGAUAACCACAACAGACCCCAGGCCGACAGCACCCCUGACCCUGGAACACGUGAUCCAGACCCAUCCUGUGGUGGAGGCUAAGACCGCACGUCGAUACUGGGUGAACUAUGUGGACGAAGAAUAAGAUUUUAUACGGUUACUAGAUGUAAAGAAAAUCCAAACAGGAAAUGAUAUCUUUCUUUUCCUUUGGUUCAGCAUGAUGAUAAGCAACGAGGCUGACAUCCAGUAAAGAUGUAAAUCCCUGACAUGAGACACCUGGCACAGAUUGUUCUUUCCUUAUAAAGGUGACGUCACCAUGCAGAGCCCAGAGCCAUGAAUUCAGAUGAUAGGAAUGGCCAACACGGACAGGACAGUAGUCCUUGCCAGUCUGCUGAGCAGACUUAGGAAUGGGACUUAAACUGGGGGCUCUUCCGUUCCGCUGGCUCAGCGUCCUUCUGCCUGCUACUGUGUUCGCAGUGCCUUAAGGAAAAUAUGCCUCUUUUCUUUCUUAAAAAAUAAGUCUUUUUAAAAAACUUUUAAAUUAUGAGUGAGCA